UUUUGUAUUGUUUUUUUUUUGUUUUAUGAUGUUGAGAUUACUUCAUAGAUUGUUUUUAGAUCAGUUUCAGUGAAAUUAAUACAUAGGAAACUGAGUAUUUUUGCAUUUUUUAAAAUCUGUCUGCAAGUAAGCUUUGAAUCAAUUUUGAAUACUCAGCUUGUUUUUCGGAAAUUAGUUUCCACUGUUGCGUGUAAGUUUAUAAAACAAGAGUGAGUGCUAUUCAAGUUUGUAAAGUGAUAAACCAGUGGCAUCUGAAAGGUACAAGGACAAACUUAUAGUUCUAGGUGGAAUUGACCACUUUUCAUUAGAUAAAAAGAGAUUUAGUCAGAAUCUUGCUCAUUUUUUACCAGUUUUAACUUUUCAGACUAUAUUACUGCUCAGCUACACUAUAUAAUAUAACAUUGCAUAAUAGAAAAAAAACCAUCACGCAAUAAACUAUAAGCUCCUUUUUUGUCAUAUUAUGUCAAUAUUUUCUGUAAAACCAGCUGCGAUUUGACCAAUCAGGAAUCUACAUAAUUGUCAAUUUAAAUUCAAAUCAGUAGUCCUAGUUUGAAAAUAGGGUAUAGAAAUAAUAAGGUCUAAAAUUCAAUAACUAACUUCACAAACCACAUAAAAAUCACGGCAAAAGCAUUUGCUUACCCCACGGCAGUAAUUUUUAAACGAGCAUCAGCUGUUUUUAACAAUUCGUUCGAUUGCUCGAUUGUAAAAUGUGAUGUCAUAAUUGACUGAAUAUGACAAUUGCUUCGUUUCAAUACAUCGAAAUUAUCAAUUAUAAUCAUGGUUAAAGAAUGUAGCCAGGAUGCCGCCCACCUGAAAGAGUGUUUGUGUACAAAAACUCAGUCAAAAAUUCAAUGGAGUCCUCUCAUCGCUAAAAGAACAGAUUAUUCUAGAAAAGUACUACUUGGUAAUUGGUUUGAGGAAACUUGCCAGUACCAAAAAAAUAAGCAUGUCCACACUACUGAAUAUCUAAGUAAUUAUGGAAUAAAACCAAAAACAACCCUUCCGCGGUCUGUUAUAUGGGAUGCCACUAUAAAGAAUCAGGGUAACGAUGUACUAUUUGGAAACUAUAUUGAUAAAUCUCAAGAAUCUUAUAUGACAUCGUACUACUUGUCAUAUCAAUUAUUGCCUGAAAUAGCUAAACGGAAUCCAGGUAAACCUCCAGUGAAGAGUCAGCACAUAGACGAGUUGCCGAAAAGAAAUGAACAAUUUCUAGAUUAUGGAAACCAAGAGAAUUAUGGUUUAGGGGAUUACAAAAAAUCAACUUGGAAGCUAGAAAAAAAUGACCCUCGAUUUACGGUUGGAAGUGUGAACAAAGAAACUUACAUCGAACCAGAAAAACAAUUAUAUAAAUUCCGAAGAUGGUUACCAAUUCGAGCCGUAAAAGGAAAAUAUGGCGAUGAGUACAAGUCUCUUCCUUCUGAUCAUCCUCGAAUAGCUCGAUGCAAUCCUCUAACAUGGGAAUGCAAACCAGUGUUUACUCAAUCUGUAUGAAACUUAUAUUUGUACUUAUAUUUUUUAUAUUAUCAUAACAAAUUGAUAUUUUUUUCUAUUAAAUAAUCCCCAAUAUACCAGAAAA